AUGACACUUCUACGUUUAGCUUUGUUGGGUGUUUUAUUUGUGGUGAUCACAAAUUUGCCCGAAUCGAAGGCCGCAACCACUAAUUCAACUUCAACUUCAACGUCGAACGACACAACAACAACAACGACAACAACAACUUCAACUACCACUACAACAACAGUUGCUUCAAAUAGUAAUAGCGCCGCCGCAAGACGUAGAAGACGUGCCGCAAGGAGAAGAAGACGGGCCGCAAAUGCAAGGAGGCAACGAGCUGCUAGAAAAAGGAGAAGAAAGGCUGAAGCACAGAGACUAAAACAACUAGAACGUAAACAGCGAGCCAGGCGCAACAAGCGAAACCGGAGGCGCGGUGAACGAAUUUUCCUGCACAGAAAUGGCUAA